ACUUCCUCUGUGGCUGUGACAGCGCAGUGGGCGGGAUUUUACCUCAGAUCAGGGGAGAGAGUCUAGUCUCUGGUGAGACUGAGGGGGAGUUACAGAGAGAAAGGGACCUGGGGUGCUCUUCAGAGAACGGAAUCUGCGUUCAUGGUGAUCUCCGCCUCCUGUGGGUGAUCCUCGGUCACCAUGAAAGACUAGGAACUCGGCUCUCCAAGGGGAAUGGCUUGUUUUGUAAUAUCCCAGCCCUGCUACCUGCCGAAUGACUCCAGCUGCCUCUGAAGGGCCUGUCCGCUGUUUAUGGGAACUACCACUGCUUUUGAUCUCUUGAGGAUUUAAGCUUUUCCAGGAGAACACUUCCCCCCCCCCCACCCCCAUCCCUCCUAUUUUUGAACCCCGCCGUUGAGCCGAAGCAGCAACCCUUUAAGAGAGUGUAGCCGGCGAGACGAUGGCGAACAACUCGUACAGCGGGGUGAAGAACUCCAUGGUGGAGGCCAACCACGAUGGAGAGUUUGGCUGCACACUCAAAGAACUGCGCUCCCUUAUGGAACUGAGAGGCGCAGAGGCCAUAGGCCUAAUCGGGGAUACUUAUGAGGAUGUUCACGGACUCUGCAACCGGUUAAAAACGUCGCCCGUAGAUGGUCUAAGUGGACAGCCUGGAGACAUCGAGAAGCGGAAAACAGUGUUUGGGGAAAAUUUAAUACCACCCAAAAAGCCCAAAACUUUCUUACAGUUAGUGUGGGAGGCGCUACAAGAUGUCACACUGAUCAUCCUAGAAGUGGCAGCCGUAGUUUCACUAGGCCUUUCUUUUUAUAGACCUCCAGAUGCCGAAAGAGAACACUGCGGGAGGGCCGCUGGCGGUGUGGAGGAUGAGAACGAGUCGGAAGCAGGCUGGAUCGAGGGCGCUGCCAUUCUCCUGUCCGUCAUCUGUGUCGUGCUGGUGACCGCGUUCAACGACUGGAGUAAAGAGAAGCAGUUCAGGGGCCUACAGAGCCGCAUCGAGCAGGAGCAGAAGUUCACCGUGGUCCGUGGGGGACAAGUUAUCCAGAUUCCUGUGGCGGAGAUUGUGGUCGGCGACGUCGCGCAGAUCAAAUACGGUGACCUUUUGCCUGCUGACGGAGUCCUGAUCCAGGGCAACGAUCUUAAGAUCGAUGAGAGCUCCCUCACAGGAGAGUCGGACCAUGUCAAGAAAACGCAAGAAAAAGAUCCAAUGAUGUUAUCGGGCACCCAUGUAAUGGAAGGCUCAGGGAAAAUGUUGGUCACGGCUGUGGGUGUCAACUCUCAAACUGGAAUUAUAUUCACUUUACUCGGGACCGCUGAGGAUGACGAAGAAGACGAAGAGGAGAAGAAGAAGGAAAAGGAGGAGAAGAAAAAACAGAGAAAAAACAAGAAGUUAGAAGAAUCCAUGGAAAAUCGUAAGAAAGCUAAAGCGAUGGACGGGGCUGCCAUGGAAAUGCAGCCGCUGAACAGCGACGAGGGCGGCGACGCGGAGGAGAAGAAGAAAACCGGCCCUCCGAAGAAGGAGAAGUCGGUUCUUCAGGGCAAACUGACCAAAUUAGCCGUGCAGAUUGGCAAAGCGGGACUGGUUAUGUCUGCAAUCACCGUCAUUAUCCUGGUGGGGCUGUUUGUGGUGGACACCUUCUGGAUCCAGAAUCUGCCCUGGGUCAAGGACUGCACGCCCAUUUACAUUCAGUUCUUCGUGAAGUUCUUCAUCAUUGGCGUCACCGUUCUGGUGGUGGCGGUUCCCGAAGGCCUCCCGCUGGCUGUGACAAUCUCCCUGGCUUACUCUGUUAAGAAAAUGAUGAAAGACAACAACCUGGUACGUCACCUGGAUGCCUGCGAGACUAUGGGCAAUGCGACCGCCAUCUGCUCUGACAAGACGGGUACGCUCACCAUGAACCGCAUGACCGUGGUGCAGGCCUUCAUCGCUGAAAAGCACUACAAGAAGGUCCCUGACCCGGAGGCCAUCCCCGCCUCCAUUUUAGACAUUCUGAUUCUGGGCAUCGCAGUCAAUUGCGCCUACACUUCUAACAUCAUGUCACCGGAAAAAGAAGGCGGCCUGCCGCGGCAAGUGGGCAACAAGACCGAAUGUGCCUUGCUUGGCUUUUCGACCGACCUGAAGCGCGACUACCACGCCGUGCGCAACGAGAUCCCCGAGGAGAAACUCUACAAGGUCUACACCUUCAACUCGGUUCGCAAGUCGAUGAGCACCGUGUUGAAGAUGGCUGACGGCAGCUACCGUAUGUUCAGCAAAGGGGCCUCAGAAAUUCUCCUAAAAAAGUGCUCCAAAAUCCUCACCGCAAACGGCGAGGCCAAGGUGUUCCGCCCCCGGGACAGGGACGACAUGGUCAAGAAAGUGAUCGAGCCCAUGGCCUCAGAGGGCCUGAGGACCAUCUGCCUGGCGUACAGGGACUUCACCGAGGGCGAGCCCGACUGGGACAGCGAAAACGACAUCCUCACAGGACUGACCUGUCUCAGCGUGGUGGGCAUCGAAGACCCCGUCAGACCCGAGGUCCCAGACGCCAUCAAGAAAUGCCAGCGUGCUGGUAUCACAGUGCGGAUGGUGACCGGGGACAACAUCGGCACUGCGCGCGCCAUCGCCACUAAGUGCGGCAUCCUACUGCCUGGAGAUGACUUCCUCUGCAUGGACGGCAAAGAGUUCAACCGAAGGAUACGAAAUGAAAAGGGAGAGAUUGAACAAGAACGCAUUGACAAGAUUUGGCCCAAACUACGAGUCCUGGCCCGCUCCUCCCCCACAGACAAACACACCUUAGUGAAAGGUAUUAUUGACAGCACAGUGAUGGAGCAAAGACAAGUCGUGGCAGUGACAGGAGAUGGCACUAAUGAUGGCCCUGCCUUGAAGAAAGCUGACGUUGGCUUUGCCAUGGGUAUCGCUGGCACCGACGUGGCCAAGGAGGCGUCUGACAUCAUCCUCACCGACGACAAUUUCUCCAGCAUCGUCAAGGCCGUCAUGUGGGGGCGCAACGUCUACGACAGCAUCUCCAAGUUCCUUCAGUUUCAGUUAACGGUCAAUAUCGUGGCUGUCAUCGUCGCAUUUACGGGCGCCUGCAUUACACAGGACUCCCCGCUGAAAGCAGUACAGAUGUUAUGGGUCAACCUCAUCAUGGACACCUUUGCUUCACUAGCCCUGGCCACGGAGCCCCCCACAGAAGCCCUGCUCCUGAGGAAGCCCUACGGCCGCAACAAGCCGCUCAUCUCGCGCACCAUGAUGAAGAACAUUUUGGGUCAGGGAGUGUUCCAGCUAAUCACCAUCUUCACUCUGCUCUUUGCGGGAGAGAAACUGUUUGAUAUAGACAGCGGCAGAAAUACUCCCCUGCACGCCCCGCCUUCUGAACACUACACCAUUGUCUUCAACACCUUUGUACUGAUGCAGCUUUUCAACGAGAUCAACGCCCGCAAGAUCCACGGGGAAAGGAAUGUCUUUGAAGGCAUCUUCAACAACCUUAUCUUCUGUAGUAUUGUCUUUGGUACCUUUAUUAUCCAGAUCGUCAUAGUGCAGUUUGGUGGGAAGCCGUUCAGCUGCGUGGCUCUGAGCAUAGACCAGUGGCUAUGGUGCACUUUCUUAGGCUUUGGCUCUCUUCUAUGGGGACAGGUAAUCUCUUCGAUACCCACCAGCCGCUUAAAGUUCUUGAAAUCGGCCGGCCACGGCACCCAGAAGGAGGAGAUCCCGGACGAGGAGCUGGAUGAGCUGGAGGACAACGAGGAGAUUGACCACGCUGAACGGGAGCUUCGCCGAGGCCAGAUCCUCUGGUUCCGAGGCCUCAAUCGCAUCCAGACUCAGAUGGAUGUAGUGAGUGCGUUCCAGAGUGGAACUUCCUUUCAGGGGGCUCUAAGGCGGCAGGCCUCCAACUCCAGCCAGCAACAGCACGAUAUCCGGGUGGUGAAUGCAUUCCGCAGCUCCAUCUCCCUCUAUGAGGGGCUGGAGAAGCCCGAGUCGCGAUCGUCCAUCCACAACUUCAUGAACCAGCCCGAGUUCCGGAUAGAGGACUCGGAGCCCCACAUCCCCCUCAUCGACGACACCGACGCCGAGGACGACGCCCCCACCAAGCGCAACUCCGCCAGCCCCCGCAACACCACGCCCACGCCGCCCUCGCCCACCACCACCACCGCCGUCGCCCCGGCUGCGCCCGUCUCCGCCUCCCCCAACCAGAACAAUAACGCUGUGGAGAGCAGCAACCACCUCCUCCCGGAGGGCCCCAAAUCAGGAACCCCCUCGGCCCCGGGGAGCCCCCUACACAGCCUGGAGACCUCCCUUUGAUCUGACCCGCCUCGCCGCCGCCCGCUCGCCAGCGGCCGCCCACACCCACCCCACCCCCCACCCCCCCAGCAUACUUUUCUAGCCACCACCAAGGAGGCCCGGCUCCACAAGCAGAAGGGAAGGGACCCUGGGAGGAGGAGGAGAGAGAGGAGGAGUCUGUGAGCUUCGGGACUAAAAAGAACAGCAAACAUUCGGAGGGAUGUGCUGGGGAUGCUUUGGUCUGCUUUUUAGUUCUUAUUAGAGGACUGUGUCCCCACCCCUUCCCUCCUUGGUCAUUUCUUCUUCUUUUUUUUUGUGAUUGAAACUCGGAUUGAAAGUGACCUGUUUUUAUUAUUCUAUUAUUAUUAUUAUUAUUUGAAUUAAGAAGGGGAGGUCGUCCUCCUGGCUUGAAGAUCGUCUGUAAGAAUUCUGAAAGAACCUUUAGCUUCUUUUAUCUGAAUGGUGUUGUAUAUUUUUCUCUUUGGCCCUUGCUCAUUCAAAACUUAUUUCUGCUCCAUUGGCUGUUAAUAUUUUGAGUUAUUUAUGUUUUUUUUGUUUUGUUUUUUUGGAAAAAGCAGGUCUGUUUACAAAGUUUGUAGAUACUUUUUUUCAGUUUGUAGGCAAAAGAGCUUCCUGAUGUCUGAUGCAGAAAACUGGGACAGAUUAAAAAAAAUGAAUGAGAGGAUUAUUUCAGAUACUGCUGUAUUUUCAGGAGAAAAGGGUGUUUCUAUUGAAACUUAACUAUUUUUGCCUGCAAGUUUUAUUUGUUAUAAAUUUGUAGAUACAUGUAGAACCUUCUAGCCAAACCGAUAAACACUAAGGCUUGUAUAGAAAAGAGGUCCACCGGGUGAGGUGUCAUCACAAGGGACAGAAGAGACGAGUAGGGCCUCUGUCCACUAACAUUGCUAUAAAUAUUUACUUCUUCCAUUUCUUCGAUAGUUUUCAUGUGCACAAAAACCUUCUGGAGUUCUGGAUUCUCUUUUCAUUCAUUACGUUGUGUUCAAGGAUUUCCACAUGUUGAAAGGUUCACUCAUUAAAGGGAGUUAACGACAUAUCCGGGCCCGUAUUUAGCAAGCAUCACAGACCGACACCUGGAAUCGAGCUGAAACCAAGUCUUACCUCGGAGUUGGUCCUCAUGAAGCCUCCUGCGGGACGAAGAAGUUGAUUUUUCUUUUUUUUUUUUUUGGUGGUUUUACAACACUUUGUAACGUAAAAUAGAAUUUGUCAUAUUGUAGUAGUUAUUAGUCACAUUCAAACGAGGGAGCUCAUUUGAUGCAGGGAGCACUCGCUGGUGUAUUGGUCAUUUCCGCAUGUUUAACACUUAGAAUUUGUUUUUGCCAAAGCUCACAAAAACACAAAAAUGACUUCAAGUUUGUCGCUUUUUUUUUUUUUUUUUUUUUUUUAGUUUAAAGUAACGCUUCAGUCAGCCCGGUGCGCCUAUUUAUUUUUCAACAACAAGUUGAAAUAGACUCAUCUUGAAUGUGCCUUGGCUACAAUAACAGUUUAGGCGAUGCUUUGUCCCUUUGUUUUCCACAUGCAGGUAACUCCUCACAGAUUAAACACUGUUACUCCUACUGCUAAACGUAGGACCAAAUAAGCCUCACUCUCAUCCUUCUGGGCCAGUUGGGAAAGAGUUUCUCUUUCUGGAUGCUUGAUAAAUAUGGACCCUGGUCUUUUUUUUUUAAUAUAUAUUGGUGCAUUUCAUUUCUGCUCUUGUUUCUCUCUCAGUAAAACGUUAGCCCCUUGCCAAUGUACAAUAUUGACAUUUGUUUACUCAGGCAGAGAAAAAGUAUUUAAUUUAAAAAAGGAAUCUAAAAAGAAAGAACCUUUUAACUUCAGACUGUGUAUUUAGGUAGUGAAUUAUUGUCUUGGUCAAAAAAAGCAACUGAAUUAUUUUCAUAUUUCAUUCAAUCUUUUAAGAUCAUGCCUUCGGGAAUACUUAAUUUUACUCCUGAGUUCUAGUUUGACAUUUUUAGAAAUCAAAAACCUGGGGGAAAAUAGGCUUUUUUUUCCAACCCUGUCCAUAAGACUUCUUUCAUCAUGGAUAAAUGUUGCUGCAUUUGAUUUGUUUGUAAGAUAUUUUUGACACCUGAUGUACUGGAAACGCUGAAGAAUUGGACAUUUUUCAAGAAUAAAGACUAGGCAUACACUGGUAUCUAUCUGCACAGGGUACUUUAUUUCAGAGCGUUCCUUGGGGAGAAUAAUUUUGAUACAAAUCAUAAAAUAAAGUGUACCUUUGUAUUUUUAUGACAAUACUGAUGAUACCUUUCAUCGUACUAAAGCGAUUUUGGAUGAUUUGACACCAAUCACGUUAUACAGGGAGGGUUUUGGCCACUCAAAAUGUGUGUUCCGGAAUAUUCAUCUCAGGGUGCAAAUGGUGUGAAAGAGAUCAAGCCUCCCUUAGUUUGUAUGUUAUCACACUUAAUGAAAUGCUUGGGAUGGUGCUUGUCAACCACACAGGAUGGCUUGGGCAGCAGGCUGCACAUUAUUCCUGCAGCCUUCUGGCCGUGGGGGUCGGGGAGGGGGGGGGGGGUUUGAGAUGUUAAACCAAAACGUCCUGUGAGGAAAUACUUUGUUUUACAGAUGACAAAACAGCAGCUACGAUUGCAUACAAAGUGAGAAAAUGAAAAGACGAGCGGAAUCCAUAUGAGGGGUUUGUUCUGUAGCUUCUUCCUGUAAUGGGAAUGAAUGUUUUUUUUUUCCAUCUGUUUUAUGGAUUAUUAUUUUUUUAUCUUUUAACAUUUGGAAAUAAAAGUACUUCAUGUCUGUUUAUCUUGAGCAUUUUAAAUGGAUAUCGUGAUUGGAUUUACAUUUGAAACUUGUUGAGUAAUGUGUAUGGUUUUUAAAAAUAAAAAAUGUAUUUAGCCUAA